AUGAGCCGUUCGGUUUUAUCGGGUGAUAGUUUAUUUUUCCGUCCCCACGAAACUAAAAACAUUCCUUUAGUUAUUUCGACAUGGAAUUUUGAUCAGGCCACGAAAGCCGCCUGGGAAUUCCUUACAAAGUUAGGUAAAAGCUCAGUAGAUGCCGUAGUUGCAGGGUGUUCUAAGUGCGAGAUUGACAGAUGUGAUGGUUCUGUGGGGGAGGGUGGCAGUCCCGAUGAAAAUGGAGAGUCCACACUGGAUGCUCUUGUUAUGGAUGGAACGACGAUGGACGUGGGGGCUGUUGGUAACUUGAGAGGAAUUAGGGAGGCCAGCAGUGUAGCCAGAGAUGUGCUUCUCAGGACUGAACAUAGUCUUCUUGUUGGUAGUCUUGCUUCAGAUUUUGCUGUCAAAAUGGGUUACAAGUUUAGAAAUUUAAGCUCCAAUGAAUCAAUUAACAUGUGGCAGAUGUGGAAAAAGAAUAACUGCCAGCCAAAUUUCUGGCAGAAUGUCACACCAGACUCUAAAAAAUUUUGUGGACCCUACAGACCAAUAGACGUCAAUCAUGACAAUAUCAAUAAAAAUUGUGAUAGCUCUAACGAUGACAACAUCGUAUUUGACUCAACUAAUCAUGACACAGUAAGCAUUGUUGCAAUCGAUUUCAAUGGUUCCGUGGCUGUUGGCACCUCAUCCAAUGGAGCCAAAUACAAGAUACCUGGGCGUGUUGGUGAUUCCCCGAUCGUUGGAUCAGGCGGAUAUGCAGACAGUGAAGUUGGUGGAGCUGGUGCUACUGGGGAUGGUGAUGUCAUGAUGAGAUUUUCACCAAGUUUUCAUGCUGUUGAGUUGAUGAGGAAUGGCAUGGACCCGAUUAGUGCGACCGAAUUAGUGAUAGGUAGGAUAAGGAGACAUUACCCGAUGUUUUCCGGAGCAGUUAUUGCCGCUAAUGUAAAUGGAGAAUUCGGUAGGGCAGCUUGCAAUGGUUGGAGUUCUUUUCCUUUCACGGUGAUGAAGCCUGGCUUUGAUGAUGUACGAACAUUUCACGUUGUAUGUCCAUCAAAUAAAUAA